GCGUCGGCAGCUCCCUCCCUAUGGCGACUGCACAUGGGCACCCGGCGGCCCCUCUCAGCUUGUGGGAGAAGAAUCAGCGUCAGGUUGCGAAGUUCUGGAACAACCUUAGACGACGUCAGUCGUGCCGCUGUGGAUCGGAUAAUCCGGGUGGAUCACGCAGGUGAAUAUGGAGUGAACCGCAUCUACGCGGGCCAGAUGGCCGUCCUGGGCCGGACGAGCGUUGGGCCAGUCAUUCAGAAAAUGUGGGAUCAAGAAAAGGACCAUUUGAAGAAGUUCAACGAGCUGAUGGUGGCCUUCCUCCGGCCCACGGUCCUCAUGCCCUUUUAGAACGUGGUGGGCUUUGCGCUGGGGGCAGGAACCGCCUUGCUGGGGAAGGAGGGCGCCAAGACCUGCACGGUAGCGGUGGAAGAGUCCAUCGCGCAUCACUAUAACAACCAGAUCAGAACGCUGAUGGAGGAGGACCCCGAAAGACACCAGGAGCUUCUUCAGACCCCAGUUUACACCCUCCUGAAGAGUGCCGUCCAAGACGGAUGCAGUGCAGCGAUCUAUCUGUCAGAAAAGUUUUAAAGGAUGUCUACUCAUCCACGUCUGUCGUAGUUUAAUGAGUGACAUUUGCAGAGAAAGAACUGUACAAUUAUUAUUAUGUGAAUUUUGUUAAUAAACUAGAAGUUUUUUUCCAAU